AGAUCCCAUUGUCUCAUCGUGCCACAUUCUUUUCCCAUAUUUGCAUUCAUUCAUUCAUUAGUCCUCCUCCUCCUCCCACACACUUCCGACCAACACAUCAAUCCUAUCACCAUGAGAGGCGAACACUGUGUAGCGGGCGCAACUAUCCUCUCAGUCAUCUCGGUCAUCCUCCUCAUCUUCGCCCACAUUGGUCAGGUCAGCUCCGGUGCUUUGGUCAGGUCCAUCUACAUGGCCGAGGUCAACGUCGCUGCCUAUGGAAACGGUUUCCAAGGCGGCACAAACACCAGUGCAAGCGGCCUGUACGAUACCAACAACACAGACCAUAUGGGAGCUUUCAAGGGUCUCAGGCAGUAUUACCGCUACGGCAUGUACAACGCUUGUGGCUACCAGAAGGAUGGCUCGGGGGUUUGCAAUUCUUCCACUUUUGCUUACCCUAUGGAGCCUCUUGCUGGUAUGAUUGGUGAUGUUCCAUCCAAGUUUAGGAUUCAGACUGUGAACAUCAUUCCUUCCUCGACCUUUAAGGACAACUCUUAUAACCAUGGGAUGAGUAAAGCAGGAAGUGGCUUGAUCUUUGUCGGCUCUUGCGCUGCAGCCCUCGCUCUCAUCUUUGGUGUUAUCAAGCUCCGACUUACAUUCUUCAUCGCCUCCAUAUGCGCUGGUGUCGGUGCCUUCUUGCUCAUGUUGGGUGCCGCCCUCUGGACAGCGGUCAUUGCCAAGGAUGCGUGGUUGGGUAAUGUAAAGGUCCAACAUGGCUAUAAGCUCGGAAUUUAUGUCACUGCAGGCCCGUCCAUCUAUCUUGUAUGGGUAGCAUUCGCUCUCACAUCCCUUUCUUGCUUACCAUACGUCAUCGCCUGCUGCACCUACCGCAAGUAAUCGUAUCAAAUCUCCUCAAAUCUCCCGGCUACCCAUUAUUUUUUGGUUUUCUCGUCUUUUCGCUCAUUCCGGCACUCUCUCAUUCACUUUAUCAAGACGUCCCAUUUCUUCUGUACCUUCCACUGUUACACCAUACCGUUCAAGACUUGUCACUGUGUACAAUCCCUCAUCUCCUGCUCACAUCCAUUUUCUAUCCCAAAAACGCUCGCAACCUCCUUUCUGCCUAUAGACUUUUGAGAGAAAAACAAAAUCCGCAUUUGUACGGCUGUUCCCCUUCAUGUGUUUCAUGGAACGAACAUUUUUUGCCUUUUUUUUUCUGGCCUUGUAGAGCUGUGUGGCAUGCAAUGU